AUGAACAAGGAGAGCAGAACGAGGAGACGAAGAGCACGAACAAUAAUGGUAUCAUCGUCAUUAUCAUCAUCUUUCUCUGUUGAUGAUGGUUUUAACAAAACGAUGAAAAGAAGAAGCAGAAGAAGGAAGAAGAGCACGCAACUCCAAUCGAUGAUUUCUCCAAUAAUAAUAACAACAACAUCAACAACAACGACGAACAGUUUAGAUCCCAUCAUCUCUAUGCUUCAAAACGCCAUCUUGGACGAACGGUCGACGGCCAUCGCCAUCGCUUCGCCUCUUUUCGCCUUGAGCGUCGUACCGUAUCUCUUGUUCCUUAAAAAUCUUUGGCGAGCGGAGACGGCGACGAGCGAACAAAGAUACGCCUUCGCGACUUUAUUGGUGUUUGUGUUGAUUUCAAUACCGGCGGAGGUGUACACUAAAGAGAGAUACGACACGGUGUUGUCGAACAUAGACUCGUUACAUUUUUUGAUUCAGUCUGCGAUUUCAUUGACGAAUUUACGGAUACUGUUAGCGUUUCGGGACGAUUUCGAUUUAACCACAUCGACAUCAUCAUCAACAACAACAACAACAACAACAACAACAACGCAACUAACGGCUGCAGAUAUUGGACGACCGGGCGCGGCUGUAGAAGCCGUCGCUGGCGUUAUUCUUUUGUCCACGGGCAUCUUGAUGGCUUUGGAUGACCGGUUGAUUGAUUUAUCCUCGAUUGAUUUCCAGGCGACGUCGGAAACCUCCGUAAAGUUCAUGGGGAGCGUGACUCUCACCAUUCAAAACUGGCGCGAUUACGCUCAAGAAUUCGACAGCUCGUUCACGAGUUUACUCAACGUCCAAGCGCCUCCCAGUAACGCUUUAUCGGUUCCCACGUGGGGCGUUCACGUUUUUUCCUUGGUCGAAUGGCUCGUCGCCAUGGGUUUCGUCUGGGACUACGGCACGCGAACGCAGCACAGAGGGUGGAAACUGUUAACGCUGGCGAUGUUGCCUUUACACGCGAGCGGGAUAUGCGCAGUCACGCAACAUUUCUUCAACAACGAUCCGAGUUUAGAAUGGUUGGUUGCGUUGCAAGGUGCGUUUACGAUGGGUGGAAAUAUCAGUUUACUUUACGCGGCGAAAGUGUUGGCAAACGAAGAGCCGAGGUUGGACGUUUUACUCUCCACAAAAGAAGAAGAAGAUGAUGAUAAAGAAAACGGGGAGACGACGGAAACGCGGAAGGAAAAGGCGCAAAUUGAAAUAUGGGACGUCGAACGACUCGGUCUCCUCUUCGAGAAGGACGACGAGUUUGCGUUUUCGUUCAAAAUCGCGCUUGUUUCCGUCGGCAUCGCCGCGUUCGUUCGAGGUGCAAGCUUAGUGUUCUCGCCUGAAUUUGAUUACAAUUCUCUCAGUAGUAGUAGUAGUAGUAAUCAUCACGACGAGUUGAACGCGUACGCGCUUCUGUUUGUGUUUAUUCCUCUGUUAAUCAACUACGUCAAAUGGCACUUACGUUUUCGAGCUGAGGAGGAAGAAAGCGCUCGGCUGAGAAUUGGAGGAGGCAGACGAUAG